CGCCCCUUUCGCUCCCAGCAGGCCCUGCGCGGCCAAAGAUGGCGGCGUCCAGGUAGAGGUGUUGUGGGUACUAAGUCAGUAUGGCCUUGGCGUCCGGGCCCCCUAUGCGGGCACUAGCUGGCUCUGGGAGGCUCGGCCUCGGGGGCUACGGGGCCCCGAAACGCGGGGCGUAUGAGUGGGGUGUGCGCUCCACGCGGAAGCCCGAGCCUCGCCCCCUGGACAGGGUGUACGAAAUUCCUGGUCUGGAGCCCAUUACCUACGAGGGAAAGAAGCACUUCGUCCCGUGGCUGGCGAAGCCGAUCUUCCCGCCGUGGGAGCGGGGCUGGAAUGACCCACGGUUCCACCGUGCGGCCCCCAUCCACGAGCAGCCUCUGUACAAGGAGCAACCCUGCUACAUCUUCCACCAGCGUUCCCGACUCCUUGAGGGUAUGAAGCAGGCUCUCUGGCUUACUAAGACCAAGUUAAUAGAGGGCCUCCCCAAGAAAGUGCUCAGUCUUGUUGAUGACCCGGCGAAUCACAUAGAGAACCAAGAGCAGCGGGUUUUGGAUAUCAUCUCUCAUGCCCGGCUCUGGCACUCCACUGAGGACACCCCCAAGAGAGAGACUUACUGCCCACUCAUUGUGGACAGUCUCAUCCAGCUGUGUAAGUCCCAGAUCCUCAAGCACCCUUCUCUAGCCCGGCGGACCUCUGCCCAGAACUGCUCCUUUGCCACCAAUUGGAAUCGAGAGUCUCUUCUCCUUCAGGUCCGAGGUUCUAGUAGCACCAUACUGAGUGCCAAGGAUCCCCUGCCUGCCAUUGCCUCCAGAGAGGAGGUUGAAGCUACCCGGAGUCAUGUUCUUGAAACCUUCUACCCCAUCUCUCCUACCAUCGAUCUUCAAGAAUGCCAUGUUUAUGAGGUGAAAGAUGACACAGGGUUCCAGGAGGGCUAUCCUUACCCCCAUCCCCACACCUUGUAUUUACUGGAAAAGGCCAAUUUACGGCCACAGCGCUUUCUUCCGGAACAGCUGAGGGCUAAGAUGCUUCUGUUUGCUUUCGCAAAUGCCCUGGCUCAGGCCAGGCUCCUGCAUGGGAACACAGCCAGAGUCUUGGAGCAGCCGGUAGUUGUACAGAGCGUGGGCACUGAUGGCCGCGUCUUCCAGUUCCUGGUGUUGCAGUUGAAUACCACAGAUCUGGCUUCUAGUGAGGGCAUCAAGAACCUGGUAUGGACAGACUCAGACCAGCUCCUUUACCAGCACUUCUGGUGUCGCCCGGUCAUCAAAAAAAAGGUGGUGGUGGAACCUGUGGGACCUGUGGAUUUCCGGCCGGAGACGUUCAGGAAGUUUUUAGCUCUGUACUUGCAUGGCGCUGUGUGAACUAAGAACUUCCAGGGCCUGGUGCCCUCCCUGCCUGUCUCUGAAGAGCUCAUGUCCUGGGACAGUGGUGCUAGAGCCUGGGCGAGCCUCCUGCUCUCUAGUCUCUAUGGAAAUAAAGUCUUAGUGUUGCA